UUAAAGAAAGUGUGCAAAACGAAAUGCAAGAUUAGAAUUAAUUUUUUGUGAUAUUUCUCCAAAAAAAGGAUACAUUUUAUCUUAAAAUAGUAAGAUAAAAAACAACUUACAAAAUAAUUAUACUAAACAUUUUUAUAAAGUGUCUGUUUACCUUAAUUAAAUAAAAUUUACAAAAAUGUAUACAAAAUGAUAUAAUUAAAGAAAAAAAAAAGAUUGAACUCAAUAAAAAGAAAAAAUCAAUCAUCAAAUGGGGAUUUUUGCAAAAUUAAAAUCCAAUUCUGAAAAUAAUCAUUCAAUAUCCCCAAAAACAUCAACACAAGAUUCGAAAAUAAUUGAAAAACUAAAUAUGAGCACAAAGGAAGCAGCAAGGCCUGCUGAUGAACGCGAAGAAGGUGAAAUUAUCGACGAAUUCGAGGACAUAAUUUCAUCAGAUGAAGAAUUUUCUAUGCGAAAACGCAUCGAGGAAUUAGAAGCCAAAAAUGCUGAAUUGGAAAAAAUUGCUAAUAUAUCUGUAUCGGCAGUCUAUGCAAGUGGUGGAUAUAAUGAUUAUCCAAAGAAGGACUCACAUCAUCUGGACCGUUAUCCGCUUGUAUCGAUUGACAUAUCCGACGAUGAAGAAUAUCCACCAGCACCUAAAAUGCCUCGCAUAUCAAAGCGUCGGAAAUCCAUACAACAUUCAUCAUCUUCUUCUUCGCGCCAUAAAUUACUUCAUUCAAGCAGCCAUAAACUACUACACAAUAGCAGUAGUAAUCACCGUCGGAGAAAACGUUCUUCUUCACCCCCACCAGCCCCAUCAUAUCGUCAAAGUGAUAAAAUCCUACUAUCACUAUUCCACGAAAGAGUUGUCACACAUAAUUCACAUUCAUCAAAACGCAAGCGAAAGACAAAAAAGACACAUUCCACCAAAGCAUCGAGAAGAAAAUCACGUGAAUACUAUGUGAGUGAUACCGAGGAUGAGUACAAUAACUUAGAUAGUUACAAUGUUGAUGAUAAUCAUGAACCCUUGAAUAGUUCUGAUUGUGAUAAAAGUUACUCGCUUAAUCGAGAUGAAUUGCGAGUAGCGUUGGCCAGAAAUACCCACCGAAUUGAGCAGCAUGCCUCGUUAAAAGAUCGUUUGACUCGGAAGAAAGAAAACACUGAUAUUUUUAAUUUUGUUCCCCCUGUGGAGGUUGAAGCGGAUUUGGGGGAGGAUGUUGACGAUUCCCCUCCAAAGCAAGAAGCUGUGGUCGUAGAGCCGGCGGAAGAAGAACAGAAAGAAAAACCAAAAUCACCUCCUCUGCCUGUGGAGGAGGAAAAAGAAGAAUCCGAAGACAAUUUGGAGGAACAAGAGUUACGAAUUCUCGCCCUCAAAUCGGCGGUUUUGAAAAAACACAUGGUUCGUAAGAAACGCAACGAGAACGUAGCCUAUUCGCCAUCGGAUUUUGAUGAAAUCUACAAAUGCAUAAGUGAAUCGCCUACAUUGAAUAAUAUCGAUGGGGACGAAGCGUGUAAUAGCAUGGAAAUCAGCCCAGUUCCUUCACCCAAGAUGGUGCUAAGCGAUGAUGGAGGGAUCGAUACGAAACCGGUUGAUAUGGACAUCGUAAACAGCGAUAGUGAAUGUGAGUUACCAUUGUGUGACAGAUGGAUUCCCAUUGAACAAAUUCCACUACCAAAUAGCAUUGGAAUCAACGAGGAGCUCUAUAAUCCAACUCCAAUGCGAUACAAUAACAACAACUACAUCGAAGAGGUGCAUCUUAUGCCUCCAGGAGAUGUGAGAUAUGAAAGUUCCUCAAUUUCACCCAAGAAUUUCGAUUCCGAAGUUGAUGAAGAAGAAAUUGCUUUGAGAGCACUCUUGCUUUCCAAAAUGAACUCACCGAAGGUAAAUAAAAUAGUCAAAAAAGAACCCACAAAAGUUGCCCAGGUGCACACUCCUGAUCCAGAUGUAUCACUGGAAGCAGAGACACUAAGAAAUUUCCUAAUAAAUAAUAUGAAAGAGAAAGCCAAGCCAAAAAAUUCAUCAGCAAGCGUUCUCAAAGAAGCUGUUCGUAGACUAACUGGUAAAAAUACUCCUACAGAAGCUUCACUUCAAAGCAGGUAUCCGAUAAAAAGUGCCGACGAAACCGAGAGAGACCUUAGUCAGGCAAUAACAGAUAUGGCUAAUGUUAACAUAGGAAUUGAGUCUGUAUAUAGAUCUGAGAAAUUUGAAUCAAAUUCAGGUGGAAUUCGAGUCAGAAAUAUUGAAACUCUUAAUGCCCUACCAAAAUUCGAAAUGAAGUUAGACGUUCAGAGAAGUGUCUAUCCUGAAAUAACCACAUAUCAUCAGGAACAAAAACAUACAAAAGAAAAUCCCCAAGUUGUUCAGCAUGUUAAAAUUCAAACAACCAAGCCCGAUACGUCGUUAAACCUUGUUAAAAAGGAACCUCUUUCAGUUGUACAAACGACGCCAAACAAAGUUUUGAAAAGAGUUUCCAGUCAAAAAUUCAAUAGAGAUAAUGUUUUGAAACCUUUUAGUCGUAAUUUAACUGUUAAAAUUGAAAGGAUGACACUUCCAAAUAUCGUAGUAAAUAGAAAUUUUGCUUUAAAACCUAGGAUAGGGGCAAAUUUAAUUAUCGAUAGGGUUUCAGAGAAAGUGGAUUGUAUUGGAAUUAAAGCUGAAACAAAUGAACGUGCAAGCAUAAAUGAAAAUUUAGAGGUAGUCGUUGAGGUUGUAGAUCCAAAGAUUUGUGUGAAAAUCGAAGAAGAAAGCCAUAAAUCGAUUGAGGAAAAAGAACAUCCACCAGAGUCAGCUGUGAAACAGGAAAAGGAGGAUGAAGAUAAAUCUGAAGUCCAAGAGUUCACCGUAUUGGAUAAAAAUGCAGAAAUUUCUAAUGAUGCGGAUUCUCAAACGGUUAUAGAAAUCUCCCCAGAAUCAAAUGCUUCUGAGAGUAAAACUGCUGAAGAUGCCAAUGAAAAGCAACAUGAUCAUCCACUUGAGGAAAAAGAACAAAAAAUAAUUCUAAAGAGUGAAGAUUCAUCACCUAAUGAAAUUAUUUCCACCGAUAAUAAAUUGGAAAUUGUGGAUUCCAAUCACAUGGAACCUAAAGAGUUGAAGAAUACGAGCACAGAAGAUGUUUCCAAAGAAUCACCCAUUAUGCAUUUAUCUACUGAAGACUCUAGUGAAGCGACAGAGACAGUUAUCAUUCAAGCUACGUCAUGUGAAAAAGAACUAAAGCUCCACAAAAUUACUGAGAGUGAAGAAAUUUCAUGUGUGGAAAUGACUUCCACAGUCGAUAUUGUACACGAAACAAAUGUAGCAAUAAAAGAUGAAACUGUUUUGAUCAAUUCAAAUAUAGAGCAUCAAUUAACUUCGAUUGAUGUAAAAUCAAUACCAACACCAAGUGCAGGGGCAGCAUCAAUUGAAAAUGAGAAAGAAACUUCUGCUGGUUCAGAAGUAAAAACCAUUGAAUCCCCAUCAAAACCUGUUGAGCCUUCUAAAAAGAUUCUCGGUGCACAAAAUUCUCAACUUAAAACGGGAACAAAAUCCAUCCAAAGUCAAAUCCAACAGAAGAAAACAUUAAAUGCGAAAAAUCAAAAACCACCCGUAACACAAAAUGUAUAUAAAUUUACAAAUACUCAAAGAGUUUCCGAGCCUUUGGCAGUAGCGGGAUCUGCAAAACCCGAAACACCUGUGAUAAAGAAUUCAUUGCCUACUCAACAGAACAAAAUACUUCCAUCUAAAUCUACAUCUAAUGUUGUUGUUGCACUAAAGUCAAAUCUUCCGAAUCAGCAGCUAAUAACAACCCGAACAAAAAUUGUUAAACCCAAUAAAAUCAUCAAUAAUCAACAGGAAAUAGAUCUUAAGCGUAAGAAUGUCGAUAGUCUUCCUCAAGCUCAAGCAGCAGUGCCCCCAAAGAAAUCAAAAACCGAAGAUGCUAGUCGCUUGAUAACGACAGCUGAAAUUCCAAAAGUUCCAGAACUAGUCAUCCAACUGAGGGUUUCUGAAAGUGAGAGUGAAUACUCCGAGCUAUCGGCUCAUGAAAUGGACGAAGAUGAGGAAUCUCGUGUUCGGAAUUUUUUCAACCGAAGUAUCACCAUAGGUAAUGAAUACUACGAUAUAGCGAGUCCAAUAAGUCUGCCCAUGGAAUCACCGUGCGACACACCAACACGAUCCGGGUCACCAGUUGUCAGCAGUCGAACACAAACCCCACAGCCAACUGUAGAGAAGUCGAUUGUGAAUGAUUACUUCGAGGCGAAAUUGGAACAAUUUUUGAAGAACGUUCGUUCGAAAGUCUCUGAUAGCGUCCCAACGACGACGACUAUGAAGACAAUUGACUUGAAGAAAAAAGAAGUUGCUCCAACAGUCAAUAGCACACCAGUGGCCGUACGACAUUUGCCGGAGGCCUCACAGCAGGAAUACCGCCGUCUCAUAAAUCGCAUGAAAAUGCUAGAACGCCAAAAGCAAGCAAAGAACUUACAAGUUCUUGUUAAAUCCAAUGAUUCUGCUGUUUCACCAGAUUCAAGACCGAUUAUAACCGGUGAUGGUGAUAGUAAAUUCCUUGUUCGUAAAGUUUUGGUUAAAAAUGCUAUAGCUAAGCCUUCUUCUGCGAGUGUGAUACAAAAACCAAAAAUACCUGAAAAGACUGAGGCAACUAUUGAGAAACUUUCUAAUUCUCCUUCCAAAUCUACAAAGAGUCCAGAAAAACCUACUUCAUCGGAUUCGGCAGACGCCAAAGCGGUCAAAUCUUCCAAAGAGAAUCUUUUAGUUUUAUAUGAAAGUUCCUAUCGAAAAACAGGUACGAGUAUAAUUUGCAAUUUGGAUAAAAGCAUUGAAAUGGUUGUGGUAGCGAAAAAAGCUAAAAUGGCAAAAUUAAAAUGCGAACAACGUUUGCGAGAACUAAGAAAAGAAAUGGAAGAUGUACAAAAGAAUCUUAGAGAGCAGCAAGAGAAAAUUACCAAAAUUUAUCCAGAAAUUUGUAAUUCUCAUCGAGCGAUUGAAUCGCUUAAGACGAGAAGACUUAAAAUCAAUAAAGCGGUGACUGCUCUGGGAAAGAGUGUAAUUGGACCAAAUUACAGCAUGCAAAACGACCAAAAAUCCAUAAUAUCAGAAAAAUCCAAGACGCUUGCAGCCGAAAUUAAAAUUGUAAAUACUAUGAAACUGAGUGAUGUUGAGAAAAUGGAAGAUUGUGUAAAUUUACCUGAUAAAGCCAAAAAUAUAAUUGCACCUGUUAAAAAUUCUAAAAGUUCAAUAAACGUGGAAAAGCUUCCGACCAACAAAAGUCCAUCAGUUGAGCAUCCUGAGAACCUUAAAACUUCAAUAGAAACACAAACAACGGUUGCCAAUGAACUACCAAAUGAAGAAUUACCCGCCCAUAAAAAUGAUAUGCCAACAAUGCCACCGUCUCUAUCACCGCCACCGGCGUCGUCUUCGCUACCGCCAUCGCCACGAUCAACAAUAAUUAUUGAAAAUGAAGUGCCUGCAUGCCAAAGCCAAAUCCAAAAUCCUGAAAUCUUGAUAAACAAAUCUGUGCCUGAAGAUAUUGAAAAUAGUAUAAAUAAUACAACUGUACCUGAAUUGCUCCCCUCAAACAAAGAUGAUGAUCAAGCCUGCUCUCCAACAAAUAAUGGACACGAAUUUUUGCAGGAGGCAUUAGAAUUGGAACAACCAAUUGUUGUAGCUGGCGAUGAUAAUAAUGAACAAUCCCCCGAACAAACAAAAAAUAUCAAUGAUGAGACUAUUGAAGAAGAAGAAAAUGGUGGCGAACAAGUGGGCAGUGCUAAAUUACAAGAUUACGUCUCUCCAUUGAGUCAUUUAAGAGAUGAGAGGCAUAUAAAUCCGAACGGUGUUGUGUGUCCAUAUCAAUUGAUGGGUCAGUGCGAUGAUAAGGACUGUAAAUAUAUGCAUUUGGAAGACUAAGCCGUGUGAUAAAUAAAUGGAUGGAUGGACGAUGAUGAUGAUCACAAUGAUGCUUCUAAGUGAAAAUAAUAUCGAUUCAAGGAAAAAAAAAAAAAAAAAACAAAAAACAAAAAAAAAUGAAAUUAAGAAGCAAGAAAUAUCGCGACAUCUGCUUCGUUUCCUUGCUGAUCAAAUUGUUUUAAUUUGAGGUGAUAAUGAAGACUUAAUUAACGGUUUGUGGUGCCAUUUUUGAUAUUUCUAUCUCUUUGAAAGAGAAUACAUAUAAAACAAACAAACCGAUACUCAGGGUAAGUUAACUGAACUAACAUUUAGUAAAUAAAUAAAACAAAACAAAAAAAUAAAAUAAAAAUGAAUGUCUAUUACAGUGAACUAUAUUCAUUGUAAAAUAAUUUCUUUUUCCAUAUAAUUUAAUUAUUAUUAUUAUUUUAACUUAAACUAUACAAUUCUGAAUAAAUAACUUUUUUUAUUUAAUUAUUUUACUCUCUUUUUUUUGUUUUCGUUUGGCUGGCAACAAUACAUUUAAAAAUACUUUUAAAGUAGAUAGAAUAUUUUUAAAAACCCCAAAUUAAUUCUUUUGUUUUUACUUAUUCCUUGUAACAAUUUAUUUUUCUUACUUAAAAUUUAAUUUAGUAAAAAAAAAGGGUUUGAAAUUUCAUUUGCACAAAUAAAAACGCCUACACACUUCCAUAUAAACAUACAUUUAUCUUUAUAAUCUAACUUUAAACUAAAUUUUAUUUUAUUUCCUAUUUUAUAAAAGUUUUUAUUUUUUUCCCCUCAGAAGAAAAAGAAAAGAAGUUUCAUAAUAAAUUCGUUUCGAUGAAAACAAAUUUUUAAACAAUUAAAACAAAAAAAUAGAAAAUUUUAAAUUUUCUUUGCAGUUUUCUUUUUAUUAUUUAAUUAUUUUAAAUUAUGUUGUUUUGUGACGGAUUUCUUUCUAUCCAUGGGAAAGGAAUUAUAAUUACAAUAAAAUGAAUGCACAUUUGUUUCGCUUAGAAAUGCACGAAUUAAUGGUGAGAAAGAAACGUUUAAAAAAAGUGAUCGAUCAGCGGUAAAAAAUCAAACUUAUACAAAUGGAUUAAAAUAAAUUAUAUUUACUUCGAUAUUAUUUUAUAUGAAGUUUUUUCUUUACCAAAUAUAUUUAUUAAAUAUUCUUUUUUUUCAAAAUAUUAAUAAUUUGUAUGUGGUUCGUAUAUAUUCAUUGAUUUGUUUUUUAAAAAAGGAUAGUACUUGAAUAUAUAUAUUUUUUUUCAAAUAGUUUAUUAGUGUAUUUUUAUAUACAUUUUUUUUAUUAAGAACUUGAGUGUACUAUUGUUAAUGUAAAAGUUGAAAAAAUAUGAUAAAUA